UAUUGAUGGCACCACCUUGCAGUGCGGUCUUGUUUCGAAACAAGCUGAUGUUGUUAAAAGCCACAAAUUGUUUAGAUUGCACUUUUUGCUUCAUUGCGCGGUAACCACGUUUUAACAGUGUUGUUACCUCUAACCAUUAACACCACGUGCAGCUAGCCGCACGAGAAAAAAAAAACAAAAACACCUAGCUCUAUUCACCUUGUGCUUACCGAGGGCCCAUACACACACACGCCUCGAGCAGCUGUCAAAUGCAACGCACGGUUCUGCUAAUGAAUGCACCGUAGGAGAGGAAAGAAAGAAAAUAACACUCUGUUGCAUAAUCUACGGCAAAGCGAGUCAGUGUCUCGGUCGCUGCGCACAUGGGGUGUUCUCUGUCUGGCCAGGUCGCUGUUGUGUGCGGGUUGUAGCCGGCUUACCGGUAAAGAUUGAUUGGCGAAAAAAAAAAUAAAUAAAAAUUGUGCCCGUGAAUUGGCGUGCAAAAACAUAAACAAACAGACCACCGCGCUUGACGUUGAUUUGUCGGUAACGGUUGCGUUUGUUAGCAAAUAAUCACCCCAAAAGUCCAGUUACAGUUUCGGGCAGCUUCGAUAAAACUUAUCGUGGUUCUAGUGCGUGCAAACAAAAUUACCAUAAUGACGAACUGAAGCAGUGCGAGUGCGAGUGCGAGUGAAACCAUCGAGAAACGAUCGCGGUCCAGUGACAAAAAGUCUAAUCGGGCUAAGGGAAGGUUGCGAUUAAAUUUCACCACCAGCUUCUUCCUCGAUUGCGCAUAUUGAGCUCGAAAACAAGGAGGGUUAAUAGCAUCUCGUGCAGAAACGACGAAACAUCCAAGAUGGUGAAGCUGGAGGUGAACAAAAAGCUGCUGCCGAUGAAGGCGCACUACUUUCUGUUUAAUGCAGGAACGGCACCAGUGGUACCCUUCAUGCCGACACUCGUUCGGCAGCUAGGAUUCUCGACCGUGAUCGUCGGAACGAUCUACACGGUGCUACCGAUCGUGGGCAUGCUCGUGAAGCCACUGUUUGGCAUCAUUGCCGAUCGGUUCCAGCGCCAGAAGCUGCUGUUUCUUAUCUUUCAGAUCCUGACGGCCGUUCCGUUCUUUCUCAUCAUGUUCAUACCGGCCAUCCCGCAAGACUCAACGCUAACGUUCCAUUGCCACAAUGGUGCGGCCGAUUUGAAGUACUGCCCGGAAAAUGGCACCAGUCUCGAUUCCUGUCUGGUAGAAAGCAUCACCAACAGCGAGAGCAACUCGUCGCUUCUGUGUGAUAUGGAGUGUCGUACGGAACCGUGGAUGUGGGAGACGGUCUGCAAAAGCUGGAACGUUUCAAAGUACUGCGAUGAAAGCAACAUUCCGAGUGACCGUUUACUGCGGCUCACGGGUGUUGUACCUGGCAAUCAUAUUAAUCUGGUCGAAGACUGCCUGUUUUUUAUGCUGAGCGAGGGCAAAAUCGACGGAAACCGGGUGCCAUUGUACUGUCCGGCCAACGCCACCGACUUCCGUACGAGCUGCCAAGUUCAGUGCAACAACGAGCAGGUUAUGGGCGCUAUUUCACACUCCAAGAUCCCGGACAGCGAGGUGACGGGACUGUACCAGUUUUGGUUGCUGUUCCUAUUCCUGAUCGCCAGCUGGGCCGGAAUGGCCGUUGUCGUGAGCGUGGGUGAUGCGAUCUGCUUCGAGAUGCUCGGUGAUAAACCGCAUCUGUACGGUAACCAGCGGCUGUGGGGUUCGAUCGGAUGGGGUACGGUUUCUCUGUUCGCCGGAUUUCUGGUCGAUACCUUCUCCGAGGGUAAACUGACGAAAGACUACACGGUAGUGUUCUACAUGACGAUCGUACUGAUUGGGUUGGAUAUGCUGUGCUCCUCAAAGCUUCAGCACACCCAGACGCAUCUCUCAACCAACAUCCUGAAGGAUGUUGGUACCAUCUUCGUCAACUUUCGUAUCGUGGUGUUCUUCUGCUGGUGUGUGCUGAUUGGUUUCGGAACGGCACUCAUAUGGAACUUCCUGUUCUGGCAUCUGGAGGAUUUGGCAAGCGCCCAAGAAGGAUGCGGUCAUUCCACGUGGAUAAAAACGCUCGAAGGAAUCAUCAUGUCGAUUCAAACGUUUGGUGGAGAGCUGCCGUUCUUCUUCCUGUCCGGUUGGAUCCUCAAGAAGAUUGGCCACAUCCAUGCGAUGAGUCUCGUGCUGCUUGGGUUCGGUGUGCGGUUCCUGCUCUACUCGCUGCUGACCGAUCCCUGGUGGGUCAUACCGAUCGAGUUCAUGAACGGUAUCACGUUUGGCUUGUUUUACGCGACGAUGGCCUCGUACGCGAGUAUUGUCGCUCCGCCAGGAACUGAAGCCACGAUGCAGGGUCUCGUUGGAGCCGUGUUCGAGGGCGUCGGAGUCUCGCUGGGAAGCUUGCUGGCGGGCAAUCUGUUUAAUCGUAUCGGUGGCAGUUCGACUUUCCGCGCGUUUGGAAUAGCGGCACUCGUGUUGUUUGUAGUACACGUCGUCGUACAGAAGCUGACCGAUCGCUUCAGUGGCCAGGAAACUCGUCCUGGUUACGCCGCACCAAAGGAGGCGUUGGAAAACAUGCAAGACGAUCAGCCGAUUGUUGCCGGUGGUAGCUAAUGUAAAGUCUGGGUUUGUGUGAACCAUUGCCAAGAGGGAGAGCUUAUUUAAAGUGUGUGUGUGCUUUUUUUAUAUCUUUUGAUUGAUUGCAUUUACUUCAUCAUCCUACAACGGAGCACAUUCCAGAGUGUGUGAACGGGUACGAUUACGGUCGUGUUUUACGAUACAAUACAAGGUACAAUAAUAUAUAAUAAAAGACUAAAUAA